AUGAACGAAAACACGAGACUUUACAAUCCUUACCAAAACUACGAGAUUCCAGUCCCAUCUCAAUACCUUUACAAGCUUCCUAACUCACCGGAGUUUCUAUUCACGGAGGAGUCAUUAAGACAGCGUCGAUCUUGGGGUGAGAAUCUAACCUUCUACACAGGAACCGCUUACCUCGGCGGUUCCGUUGCCGGCGCUACAGUCGGUAUUUUCACCGGAGUCAAGAGCUUCGAAUCUGGCGACACGACUAAGCUGAAAAUCAACAGGAUCUUAAACUCCUCUGGUCAAACGGGUCGAUCAUGGGGUAAUAGGAUUGGUGUGAUUGGUCUGAUCUAUGCAGGAAUCGAGAGUGGUGUUGUGGCUUGGAGCGAUAGGGAUGAUGUUUGGACAAGUGUGGUUGCUGGUCUUGGAACUGGAGCUGUGUUUAGAGCGGCGAGAGGAGUGAGAUCUGCGGCUGUAGCUGGUGCUCUUGGUGGUUUAGCAGCUGGAGCUGUGGUUGCAGGGAAGCAAGUCGUGAAGCGUUAUGUGCCUAUAUGA